AAUGUACUUGACUAUGGAGCUGUUGGAGAUGGAAAUACUGAAGAUACUCAAGCUUUUCUUGAUGCUUGGAAAGCUGCAUGUAAAUCUUCAAAUUCAAAGACUUCUCCAAUAAUGUUGGUUCCUCCUGGCAAAUCAUUUUUACUUCAACCUUUCACUCUCGAUGGUUACGAUUGCAAGUCUACAAAAACAAAUAUCAUUAGUAUUGUGAUUGAUGGAGAAUUAAUUGCACCAAAAGAUCGAUGGGCAUGGAAAUACGAAGGAAAACAAUGUCGACAAUGGAUUUUAUUGAAGCAUAUGAAAGGUUUAGUAGUUAAAGGUUCUGGCACUAUCAAUGCUCAAGGAAAUACAUGGUGGGAUCUAUGCACAAAUGAAGAAAAAGUUUGUACAAGAAGACCAACUAGUUUAAUUUUGGAAGAUUCCGAGAAAGUGCAUAUAAAAAAUAUAGCUUUUAAGGAUAGUCCCCAAAUGCAUAUGGCUAUUGAAAACUCAAAAUAUGUAUUUGUUAAAAACCUAUAUAUUGAAGCACCGGGUGAUAGUCCUAAUACCGAUGGAAUUCAUAUUCAACAUUCUCGAAAAAUCUCCAUUACUAGUUCUAGUAUUCGUACAGGAGAUGAUUGCAUUUCAAUUGGGGAUGGUUCAUAUAGAAUCAACAUCUCCAAGAUUGCAUGUGGUCCGGGACAUGGGAUUAGUAUUGGAAGCCUGGGUAAACAUGGCAAUCAUGAAAAAGUUGAGUUUAUUCACGUGAAAGAUGUAACUUUUACCGACACAACUAAUGGAGUUAGAAUUAAAACAUGGCAGGGUGGGAGUGGAUAUGCAAGAAACAUCAUCUUUGAAGGCAUAGUUUCUCGUGGCUCAUUAAAUCCAAUCAUCAUCGAUCAAUUUUAUUGCGACCAUGAAAAAUGCAAAAACCAAACUUCGGCGGUAAAAGUCAGCAAUGUAUUGUACAAUAGAGUAUCGGGAACAUCAAAAAGUAAAAUUGCAGUGAAUCUUGCUUGUAGCGAAACAGAACCAUGUAGAAAUAUCUUGAUGAAAGAUAUUAAAUUAAAAUCUAUCAUUGAAGAUGAAGAAGAAGAAGAUAUCACAUCAUCGUACUGUAAAAAUGUUGUUGAUGGACAUAAAGAUGGGUCUGUAAUUCCGAAUGUUCCUUGCUUAAAGCAAACGAAUUAGUCGAUUUCUUGAGUGUUUAGUAUAAACGUGGAAGUGAAAAAUCGAAUCAUCGAAUUAUGAUGUGAUGAUCGAUCUAGUUUAAUAGAAUUAGUUUGAAGUUAUAUUUUUAGUUGAUGGCCGGUUGAUAGUGCUACUUUGCCAUUUUUAGAAGGAUUGUUACCCAUUUGAAUAUAAUUUAGUAAGUUCAAUUUUUGUUGAUUUA